UUGCAUCGAUGGAGAGAGUAAAAAUGAGCAUAGUCAUGAGGAAUUUGUUGGAUAUCAUAAUAAUCCUUUGUGUAUGUCUCAAUUUUGGGCGUAGUGAUGGAGCUAAAGAAAGAGGGACUUGUUCUCAGACAAUACUAGUCAGCUCUCUAUUUCCUUCUUCUUCUUCAUCAUCAUUAUCAUCGUGUCUGCUUUCUUCAAAAGCAUCGCAGACGAAGUCGUCGCUGCUCUUGGUGCACAGGCACGGGCCGUGCUCGCAUCUCAUGAGCGGCAAAGCCACAACGAGUCCCGACCACGAUGAGAUCCUAAGACGUGAUCAAGCGCGCGUGGACUCAAUACAGUCGAAGCUUUCAAAGAACCAAGUUAGGCCGAGUCAGUUGACGGAUCUACCGGCUACGCAAUGGGACGAGUCGGGCGCGGGGACGUACGUGGUGAAGAUCGGAAUCGGGACACCAAAACAGGAUUUGUCACUUCUGUUCGAUACUGGCAGCGAUUUGACUUGGGUCCAGUGCCAACCCUGCCUUGAAUCUAAGUGUUAUCCUCAGAAGGAACCACUCUUUAACCCUUCUUCGUCUACUUCCUACGUCAACGUCUCGUGCUCAUCACGGGCGUGUAAUUCUCUCAGAGGUCUCAAAGGAGACUGUUCCGCUUCCACUUGCCGCUACAAAGCCGUAUACGCUGAUAAAUCGACUUCCCAAGGAUUUCUCGCCACGGAGAAGAUUACUCUCACGAACUCCGAUGUCUUCGACGUUAAAUUCGGAUGCGGUGACAACAAUAAGGGAAAGUACUACGGUGUCGCCGGAAUUCUCGGUUUAGGCCGCGGCGAACUCUCAUUUCCGUCGCAGACCUACAACAAAAUGUUUUCUUAUUGUCUCCCUUCAUCCGGUAACGGUGGCCAUCUCACCUUCGGAUCCGUUGGGAUCUCUGAAUCCGUCAAAUUCACGCCGAUUUCUUCCUCGACAAGAAACUGGUACAGCCUCGAAAUCGUGGGAAUCACAGUCUGCGGUAAGCAACUGGGAAUUCCUUCAGCCGUGUUCCCGACGUCAGGUGCUAUAAUCGACUCUGGCACUGUGAUCACUCGCCUUCCUCAAAAGGCGUACGCGGCUCUGAAGAGCGCGUUUAAGGAGAAGAUGUCGACUUAUAAGAUCACGUCGUCGGGAGAUGGCUCAUUGGACACGUGUUACGAUUUCACCGGCUUGGAGUCGGUGAAAAUCCCGAGGAUCACGUUCACAUUCAAGGGCGGCAACGUCGUGGAACUCGAUCCGAAAGGGAUUUUGUAUUCGCAGAGUAGAUCAAAGGUUUGUUUGGCGUUUGCUGGUGAUGACCUAGCCUUCAUUUUUGGAAGCAUUCAGCAGCAGACGCUACAAGUUGUCUACGACGUCGCUGCUAGACGGGUCGGCUUUGCUCCUCAAGGUUGUGCUUAAAAUGCUUUUGUAUAUGUUUUCACACAUAUUAAAUAGUUUCAUUCUUAACCAAGUGUGUAAUUUGGGUGACCAAGUGCAAAAUAUAACAAGUUUGUCA